AAAUGCAGAACAAGGUUAAGAAAAAGCCUUCAAAAGCAUGGUUGAAAAGUAAUUUCUCCAGCAAGCAGAACAAUGCUGACCUCAUGUCACUGACUUGGAGAAAUAAUGUUCGCAGGUUGCCUUAUUAUUUGCCGAGGAACUCUACUAAAAGACACCAGAUCGAAGAGGAUUUGAAGCAAUACCAACAAAUUCUAAAGAACAAGAAGCCAAGCAGGCGGUCAGACUUCCUAUCUGUAGGAGGAAGAUCUCUUGACAUGAUUGAUAAAGGAAAGCACAGUCCUUCUCAUAACAAAUUGAUGACUACAUUACGGAAUGAUUUACAGGCACUAGAGCCUAAAAUUAUUGAAGAAAUGGCUGAAAAUGCCUCACUCAAGUGUAAAACCGGAAGGAAUUCAUUAAUAGGUCAAAACAAGAUUUGUUUGGAUGAGACUCAGGGCUCUUAUAUCUAUAAAGCUAAAGCCAUAUGUCCAGAUCCUCCUUCUUUUAAUAACAACUUGAAAAGAAAAUACACCAAGGUGAUAGAAAAGCCAAAGAUGCCAACUCCUUUAUCAGGAUUGGCAUUCUCUAAGGCAUCGUUGCAAUUUCUGGAUGAAAAGCCAGUGCCUACUUUGAAGCAGUUAAAUAACCACGAAUUUCCAAAGAGAAAGGUCAGGAAUCCAAGGAUGCACUUUGGAAAUCCUCUUAAAAUCCAUCACCGGUACUCUAAGAAUCGUAGGCAUCUUUCAGAACAGAGAGAUCCCUCUCAUUCGAUUCAGACACAAGAUCUAGCUGCUGAGCUUAGUAAGUUCAUAGAAAAGAAACCAUCCUUGCCUGUGUUUGUUAACAAAGCUCGUAAGAAUGACUCAGGGAUCUUGAAAAUAUUUUAAGAAUUCCUCUAUUUCAAAAGUGAAACAUAACAAAUUCCCAAAAAUGCCUUCUGAGGAGAUCCAGAAGAUCUCUAAAUAGCAAACCUCCUAGUUCACUGAUGUGUAAUUUAAGAAGAAUCGAUGAUAGAGUCAUUGAUUACAAAAAGAGCCACGGUUUUCUGUUAAAAAUGACAAGUUCAUAUAUGGAAGCUCAGACUCCGGUUAAUCAGAAGAAAGUCAAACCAGAUGUGUUUUUAGUCUAAUUUCUCCUACAAGAAGAAUCAUUGUUCAAAUUAUGAUAUAAAAUUUGCAACUUUAGUUG